AUGGCUCACGGUAAUUUGUUCGUCGACGAAAGCUCUGACGAGGACUCGAUCCGCACAGAUUACACGACUGACGAUGAUCCCGAGAAGGAGUACGACAUUGAGCGGGUCUUAGAUUACGAUGAGACACUCGAAAAAUACCUUAUCAAAUGGACUGGUUAUCCAAUUUACGAAGCCACGUGGGAACCACGCGAUGGUCUUCCCGAGGAAGACAGUGAGAUCUGGACUGACUGGCGUCAAUUUCUCAAAGACGUCAAGCAAGGCAAGAAGCAACCCUUCGACAGAGCUGAUUGGAACCGUCGGUGGCAAGCCCACAGAGCCGAGAAGAAUCAGCGGCGAGCUCGACGAAAUGCGAAACGACGUAAGAAGGGCCUUGAGACUCGGCCCGACACUUUGGAGGAGGAAGAAGAGCAGGCACUCCUAAAUGAAGCCAGUGAUGACGAAUUUGAAGAAGAAGAAUCUGAAGAGGAACCUUUGGCGAAGAGAGCAACGACUGUUCGCGCUGCACCGCAGCAGGUGUCUCCUCGGAAAGGCGUAGCACAGAAACUCAAGAGAGCUCGGUCCAAGCAGAAUGACGAUGGCGUUUCUAGCGAGGAAUCGAGCAGCUCAAGUUCUGAGAGCAGCAGAGAUUCGCUCAUUGAUGAGCUGAUCACUUCGAGGUCGCGUAGGCAGCCGCCGUUGAAAAAAUUGCGGAGCCCACAAAAGGAAACGGAACGAGAACGAUCUCAGCCUCAGCCUGCUGUUGCAAAGUCUCCCAAGAGACAGCGUCCGGCAUCAGAUACCACGCGCCGGACUGUGCCGAUCACGAACGAACGCAAAGAACCUCCCAAGCAGCUGCCGAGACCAGCACCAGCACCAGUACUACCAGCUCAGGAUGGGGUCGCACGGAAGAGUGCGCCUGCCACUGCGAACCAGGGCGCAACAACAGCUCGAGCUAAGAAGUCGAGAAAUGUGAUGGCGAACUGGGACGCGAACAAGCAAAAGCGCAGGCGUGUGCCGGCUCCCUCUGAGCUCUCACACGAUGGAGCACAGCCUAGGUUUCAACAUUUGCGAAUGCAGCAUGCUGUGCAGAAAUUUUCUUCACGCUCAGAAGCUGCACCUGAUAUUAAUGCUCUGGACAUCAUUGAUCCGAAGACUGGCAAGGUGAUCAAGGCGUCCAAUUCAUCUACAGACCGGAUUGUGGCAAGAACAGCAUCCAUGGGAGGUGGACAAGUGCCUCCUGCUCAGUCAAGCAUUCACCCUGUUGCCGAGAGUAGAAGUAUUGGCAGCGCAUAUGCUCGGCGGACGCCACCUCCUGCUGCUCGUGAGAGCUCACUUCCUGACGCUACCACGGGCCACACGAGGCCGACAGUGACAGGCUCCAUCGGAACAGCGGGCGUGGCAACUAAUGUCACGAAAAUUCCAGCCAUAGUCGCUGAAGAUGGCCGAGAUCGCCCUGACAGAGUCACAUGUCGAUUCUGGAGCGAAGGCAAUUGUUAUUACAGUGCCGACGAGUGCUUCAAUCUACAUUUCUAUCCUCCUGGAGACGCAACGAAGAUCAGUGGUGAAGAGGCCGCCAGGCUACGAUUACCCCCUAAGAACCAGCCUUACAGAUUCCACGAGCUGUUCUGCCAUUUCUGGCGGUCACAUGGCAAAUGCAACCAAAAUGCACAUUGUAAAUAUGCGCACUACGAUACAGGGUUCGAUGCACCUCCACCCAAAGUGACUGUAGAAGACGCCCGAGCAAGCCAGGAAGCAUACUUGGCAAGACUUGCUGAAAUCGCUCAGAAAAAUGAGCCGAUGUCGAGAGACCCAGAAAAGGUCAGGGUACUUUCCGACAUGUCCUAUAUACCACUUUCAAAACUGACAUGCCACUUCUGGCGAACCCAAGGAGCAUGUUUGAAAGGAGAUACUUGCAAAUUUGCUCAUUGGGACACCGGUUUUGACGCUCUACCGCCCGGGACCAUUAGAAAAGUGUCCAAAUCUGCCACGUUUCCAGCGCCUUCCGCAAGCGGUCCGAACUUGGAGCUUCUCGCUGAGCAUAGGAAGCUAGCAGGCAUCCAAGAUACAAAUGCUGGAACAGUUGGCGUUCGAGAAGCAGUCCAAGCCAGCGCGCCGCAAGUGCCAGCACUGUCUACGGUAUCUCAGAUAUCACCGGACAUAGUCAUGUCUCCAACUCAUUUAGUAGGAUCACCUGCACACCCAACACCCAACGAGGCGAUAAGGCCAUUCGAAAGCUGGAACUCACCAUGGCAUACGAACGGUGCAGCGGCAGCGGCAGUGACAUUGAAUGCGAGCUUCAAGCUGUACCAUGCGGGCGAUGAGCGUCCCCAUCGAGUCAGGGCAAAGUUCGAAAUGAUAGGUGAUCGUUCAUUCAUUCGCAUGUUCGGAUCCGACCCAAUUAUUCGCGCUGGACAUGCUGUGCUCAGCGGCGACGUGCAGGCUGUGCUGUGGGACAGCAUACGACAGAGCAACGAGAUUGCUGCCGGGUUUCUGCAUCUCGAUGUGGCGGAGGAGGAUGAAAUGGCUGGCCUUUCCGAGGUUUGCAAAUUGAAUGACUGCGGCAUUGUUGCCACAGUAGUGGGCUACUCUUCAACGAUACUGAUCUACCCAAGCGACGCAGAGCCCUGGAAGUUCCUGGAUGGCCCCGACAUGCCUUUGAGCAGUGCCUCUUUGAAAUUCUACGCCUUUGACGGGGUCCCAGCCCUUCAAAGAAAGCUGCAAUCCACCGAUGCUCCUGCACCCGUUGAUAUGCAGCCUCUGCAUUCAAUCUUGGGCAGAGAUUUCGCACAUCUUGAUGUGGAAAAGCUCUUCGUCAAGAGUCCGGACGCUGUCUUCUUGAUGAUUCCAUCCACACACAGUGCUAUAUCUGAGGUCUACCGGCAGAUCUUUACCGGCAUGAAGUGCAAAGUGUACCACUCAGACACGGCUGGAGCAUGGGACUAUUUCCGCAGAAAAUACAGAACGGGUGUACUCUUGGUCCACACUGACGUGCCUCUCUGGCAAGUUCCUGGCCUGGCGGAAUGGUCCUCACAAGCUACCGCAGUGUUUACUGUAGGUGUUGACGAGGCUGCAGCGAUUCUGGAAGAUCGCAAGGCAACUUUCGGAUGCACUCGAAUCCUAGCACUUGGCAACGCUGUGUUCCUCACGGAUGAUCUACUCGUCUACCAUCCGGAGAGAGCUACAGAGAUAAUUCAAAACUUUCUCGACGCCAACAGUUUCAAGCCUGAAGGUGCCGAAGCCAACAAGAUUCUUGCCCGGCCUGGGCUGAAGCAAUUCUUGUUGAAAAAAUUCAUCGACUGCGAAAAGCCGGAUGAGCGGUGGAUUCGAUUGUAUGGUGCCGUUUGUGACCUCUGUCCGCCUGAUAUGGAAGACGGAGUGGAAUCUCCCAACCCACUUCCGAAUGCCAACUUGGUAUCAGUUGAUCCAGAGUUGUUGCCGGAUUACGAAGGCUUGUGGGAGACAGAUGAAGCUGCUGCGACAGACUUCAUGAUCAAUUGGUUCGCUGGCUGGGCUCUCCUGAAUACUAGCAGAUUCAGAAGAUUCGUCGUGUGUUACCUUCCGAAAGCUGCCUCUUCGAAUGAAGACCCAAAAGCGGUGGCACAGGACAUAGAGUCUCGGGGAUGGACUGAGAAGUACCAGCAUAUUAGCGUCCUGACUCCUGGCCAAGUGGCCAAGAAGAUCAUUCGUCCGAACAAGCACAAGGAACAUGUCAGGACGUGGACGAAGUGA